AGGUAGGAUAAGCCAUGAAGAGGGCCCUAAUAGCCGGAGCAAUAGGGCUGGCCGGGGGUGUAACGGUCUACAAGUGGGACAACCCCUACCAAACAAAAGCUAAAGUUAGAGACGUGGUAUCAUUCCCUCCCGUACCUAACAGAACACAACAGUUAUCUCGUCUUAAGACUGAAGAGUUUGAUGUGUUGGUGAUAGGAGGGGGCGCAACCGGGGCCGGCUGUGUCUUGGACGCCCAAACUCGGGGACUUAGCGCUGCGCUAGUCGAGCGAGGCGAUUUUAGUUCAGGAACGAGCAGUCGGAGCACUAAACUAAUACACGGGGGUAUCAGAUACCUGCAGAAUGCCAUCUUCCACCUGGACAAGGAGCAGUGGGAUUUGGUGUGUGAGGCUUUGUCCGAGAGGAAGAACCUUCUAGACUCAGCUCCCCACCUCAGUGCAGCUCUCCCUAUCAUGAUACCUGUCUAUCAGUGGUGGAAGUUACCUUAUUAUUACGCGGGCACACUGCUCUACGAUCUAGUUUCCUGGGGAGAAAGGUUGAAGUGGAGUCGUGUCAUUUCCAAACAGACCACACUAGAGGAGUUCCCAAUGCUCAGAGACAAAAACCUAAAGGGAGCGGUGGUUUACUAUGAUGGACAGCAGAAUGACGCCCGGAUGAAUGUCAUGCUUGUUUUAUCAGCUGUUCGAGAGGGUGCUGCUGCCUCUAAUUAUAUCCAGGUUGUUGAGAUAUUACACAACGAAGAGGGCAGGAUACGGGGUGCUUUAUGUAGAGACUCUAACACUGGGGAACCAUUUGAGGUAAAAGCUAAGAGUAUAAUAAACGCGACAGGUCCCUUCACGGACUCUAUAAGAAAGAUGGAUAACGUAGAAUCGGAGAGCAUAUGCUCCCCAAGUACCGGUGUACACAUUGUUCUUCCUGGAUACUUCAGUCCGACGAACAUGGGAUUGUUAGACCCAGAAACAUCCGACGGGAGGAUCAUAUUCUUUCUACCCUGGGAAAGGUACACCAUAGCAGGUACGACUGACACCCCCUGUGAACCACACGCCCGACCAGAGGCAACUGAGAGGGAAAUACAGUUCAUCCUGGACGAGAUAGACAGUUACUUCGACUGUAAUGUCAAGAUAAGAAGAGGAGACGUGCUGGCAGCCUGGUCCGGUAUCAGACCACUAGUCCGGGAUCCUAACGCUAAGAACUCAGCUGCACUCUCCAGGAACCACGUUAUAGAGACUAGUGAGAGUGGUAUGGUAACUAUUGCAGGCGGCAAGUGGACUACGUACAGAAAGAUGGCAGAGGAUGCAGUAACUGCAGUGACUAAAGAGCACGGGUUCUCACACGCCACCCCCUGCAACACUAGCGGUGUUCUUGUGGAGGGAGCUGACAAUUACCACCACAACUUUUCUAUCGAGCUCUGUCAGAGAUACGGUUUGACAGCGAGGUCAGUUUUCAUCAUAUUUUAUAGUGGAUCGUUCACUGAUCCCAGCUCAUUCAUUGUUGCAGAACAUUUAGCCCACAACUACGGGACCCAAGCACAUGAGUUAGCUAAGAUGGUCCAACUAACGGGGAAGAGAUGGCCGCUUGUUGGGAAACGCCUUGUCGCUGACAUGCCCUUCAUUGAGACCGAGGAUCCUUUAGUUAUUAAACUUUAUAAAACCAGCGAUUUAACAGGUAAAUACGCAGUUCAGUACGAGUACGCUUGUCAUGUCAAGGACUUCAUUGCGCGGCGCACCAGACUAGCAUUCCUGAACGUGCAGGCUACCAGAGAGUGCCUUCCAAGGGUAGCUGAGUUAAUGGCUGUAGAGUUAGGUUGGAAUGAAGAGACAUUGGAGGCGGAAAUCAAAGACGCCGAAGCACUCAUUGCUUCCAUGGGCUGCAAUUUCAGAUUCAAAUUAGGGUCAGAAGGAGCUCCUCAGGAGAAAUUAAAGCUUUCUAUCUCAGAAUACAAUGAGUAUCUCAAGGCGUUUGAGGAACUGGACAAGGACAAAACUGGUGUACUGAGGCCAGCAGAGCUGUUUGAAGCUUGCCAGAACCUAGGAGUGGAGCUGUCCAUACAGGACGCUAUAAACAUUGUCAAUGAGGUAGAUACGAACAGGAAUGGGGUAAUAGACUUGGAGGAGUUUCUGAUAAUCAUGGCGGGCGGGGCUACAGAGAGAAUUGUAGACAACAGACUUCAGAGACUGGUGGAACUUCACAUUAAGGAGGAAAGGACUGAGAGAAUCCCCACUCAGCGCAGUGGUGGUGGGGUAUAGUGGUGUUAUAUGUGCCACCUUAUCGGACCUUACUUGACCGGACAUUGAGUAAAAGGCGGUGAUACACUAGGGCCUCUAGCGUCCAAUUAAUUUCCGUUCAAAUAAAGUCCGAUAGGGUACUGAUUUAUAGUGUAUAGCGGAAGGGAUAGUUGACUUAGUAAACCAGAUUUGUUUGAAAGCGUCAACAUUCAAAUUACAUCUUUUAGGGUAGAAGUACAUUUUCUUUUAUUUUUGACUUUGGGCGUAUUGAUAGGAGACUGUUGGAUUACAAAAGCUUAUCUAAUUUUAACUUAUCUAUAGCAGGUAUUAAUUCAUCCAUUCUAGGAGUCACGGUUUAUUAAUGAUGGGAGGCUCUAAAAUAAUAAAUCUAUAUUUUGUAAAACUACAAAUGUCAUUUCAUAAUAUCUCAUCCUCAUAAUUUAUUUAUAUGGUUAUUAAACACUAUUAGUAUUUCCAACUUUGUAAUAAAUAUGCAAUGCAUAAUUAUUUAUAAUGAUAUAUAUGGUAUAAUUUUACAGUAUUAUUUACAAUCUUACUAUAAAUUUGUAUUUGUAGACUGCUUAAUAAGUUGACAUUGUGUAAAAUAUGUAAAUAUUAUGUAAAUGGUCGUGAUUUUGGAUUUAAUAGGUUUACAAGGUUUACAAGGUUUACAAAUAUAGAUCUAUAUAUUACAGUAUAAUAACGUUAGAUCGGCGUUGCUAAAAUAAAUUCAAAUUCCGUAAUCCAAAUGGGAGAUAAAACCAUUACCAAAAUGUCGUGGUGUCACUCUGAAGCCAGAGUCGAGUGCAAAUCGAUCAAGAUAGAAGCUACCAAAAAGAGCGAGAAAAGCACGCAAACCCUAGCAG